UUUGCUUGGUCCUGCCCCCGAGGGGCAGAGCCGGGAGCAGCGCUUCCAGCACUCAUGGCAAAGCCAUUAGCUCAGCCCGGCUGCGGAGGGGCCCCGAGGAGGACAAACGCAUCGGACUCCGCGGCGGGGGACGACAGGCUGAGCCAUGUGCACUGCCCUGAGCCCGAAGGCGCGCGGGCCCGGCCUCUCCGACAUGCACCAGUACAGUCAGUGGCUCGCCAGCAGACACGAGGCCAACCUGCUGCCAAUGAAGGAGGAUUUGGCCCUCUGGCUCACAAACCUACUGGGUAGAGAAAUAACAGCAGAAACCUUUAUGGAGAAAUUGGAUAAUGGUGCCUUGCUUUGCCGGCUAGCUGAGACCCUGCAGGAGAAAUUUAAGGAAAACAGCUUUGAUGCAAACAAGCCUGGCAAAACCUUACCAGUUCGGAAAAUUCCAUGCAAAGCCAAUGCUCCUUCAGGGUCUUUUUUUGCACGGGACAACACAGCAAAUUUCUUAUCCUGGUGCAGAGAUGUAGGUGUGGAUGAUACCUGCCUGUUUGAAUCAGAAGGUUUGGUACUCCACAAGCAGCCAAGAGAGGUGUGCCUUUGUUUGCUGGAACUUGGAAGAAUUGCAGCAAGGUGUGGAGUGGAACCUCCUGGAUUAAUAAAAUUGGAAAAAGAGAUUGAACAAGAGGAAACACUUUCAGCUCCCCUUCCAUCUCCUUCACCAUCACCCACAAAGUCUCCUGGGAAAAAGAGCACAGGGAAACUGUUGGAUGAUGCUGUUAAACACAUUUCUGAAGAUCCACCUUGUAAAUGCCCUAAUAAGUUCUGUGUGGAGCGUCUUUCACAGGGAAGAUACAGAGUUGGAGAGAAGAUCCUUUUUAUUAGGAUGCUGCACAACAAACACGUGAUGGUUCGUGUUGGAGGAGGCUGGGAGACUUUUGCAGGUUACCUGCUGAAGCACGACCCAUGCCGAAUGCUCCAGAUCUCCCGGGUAGAUGGGAAAACCUCUCCAAUCCAGAGCAAGUCUCCAAACAUCAGGGACAUCAACCCAGACAAUUAUCUGGUUGUUUCUGCCCAUUACAAAACCAAGAAGGAAAUUAAGUGAAAUAAACUUCUCAUGUGAGAGUGACUUCAUGUAGGUAGGUCCAAAUUAUUCUUCCAAGUGUAGUGAAUUUAGUUAAUGCUUUAAAAGGACUUGGGAAGAUUUAACACAGACUGGAAAUGACACCCCAUUUUGAAGAUCUUUGAAUUUAGAACUAUUUAUUUCUAGUACUGUAUCUUUUAUAGCAAAUUACCCUUGGUAGGCAAAUUACUACAAUGGGAUAAUAAACAGACAUAUCUUUUUAGCCAAAUUAUUACUCUCUAUUAUGUGAAUGUAUACUUAGAGCUACAUAAAGGAGUGGAUCCUGUAAACAGAAGAAAAUACACAAUGAAAUAUAUUUGUACCAAAAUCUUAUAACUUUGUAACAAAAUCUUAUCCCUGUAAGGUUUGUAACAAAAUCUUAUCCCUGACUGUUAGUCUAGUUGAAAUAUAUAUAUGCAGGUUGAAAUUGGGUAUUUGGAGAAAUUAUUUGGUAAUGUCUCUUGAAAUGAAAUAAAAAUUGACUAUUUGUAUGUUUUACCAUCUUUUCUUAAUUAGUAGAUCAUAAUGGCUUAUUGCAUGCCAAACAACUUCUCAAAGCCAUUCCUUAAAAAGCCCAAGAAACCCCUUCACACCAUUUUACUAUUUAAGGCUGGAGACAAUGCUGAGUGUUUGAUGUAUGUGCAGAUCCUUUCUGCUCUUCCCAAAGCUGCCCCAUAUGGAAGCAGGGGGAAGUGGAGAGGUUGUCCCUCCCUGUGCCAGGCAGUAGAGCUGGUUGGUCACACCAGGUGAUGUUCUGCAGCCCAUGGGGGAAGCAGUAACAGGUGCACAGCCCUCAGAGCCAAGGAGGAGCUUCAGAAAAUGAAAGUCCCUCUGGAGUCACAAAACAUGGCUCUGUUCUUG